UCGCCUUUCCGAUGUGAUAUGAACCUUCUCGCUGACCGUCGAUGGUUUGAAUAACCUUUAUUGUUAGCCGUCUUUGGUAACUUAUCAAACAUGGGGGCACGAGUUACGCGUAUGUUCAGAAAUUUCAACCUAGAAAACCGGGUACACCGAGAAAUCUCCCGGGAAAAGCCAGUAGCAGCACCCCGUCACGCGACCAGCCUCCCGCUCUCCGCCGGCAGCUCUGAAGUGGAGGCAGUGUCUGUGAACCAGAAGCACGACCCUCUGCUGAGCCUCCUCCAGUCUGUGUAUGUGGAGUCCAAGGAUCCAGCAGCAGCAGAGGCAUCACAAGAAGUGACUGUGGGUACAGAAGGUGAGCGGCGGCCGCUGAGGUUCAGUUUACCAGGGGGGUCUUACGGCCUGCUGGAGCUCAAGGAUGUUCCUAAAGGCAAACUGACCAUCACUGAGACUCUGAAGGCCAUGAACAGCCACCAGCAGCAGCCUCAGACAUGGACGCCGGGAAAGAUUGCUCAGGAAUAUUCUCUGGACUUGAAGGACACAAAAGCUCUUCUAGAGUUCUUCAUCCCCUUCCAGGUUCACAUCAUACCACCCAAGACUAAAAAUGCUAAGCAGAUAAAGGCUUCUUAGGACUGGACUGGUGAACAACAGGACUGUUUAUGUACAUCACUACAUUGGAGAGUGACCUGACUGGAACUGUGGAGGCAGAGUUUCACAAUGUUUGGACCCAAUGUGGGGUUGCUUAAUAUGUAGAUGGUAUCAUGGGAUAUUUCUACAAUUGAUAUAUAGCAAACAAACUAAGAACAAUGAAAGAAUUAAAUUAAUUAAGCUGUGUGUGUCUCUGUAAUCCCUUCGAAGAUUCCUCUAUGAUAUUUAUUAGAAUACAAAAGUAGUCAUAUUGAAAUCCGCAUAUAAUAGCUGCAUCCAGCGGACGGAAGGUGUUUCAGUCCAUCCCACACACACACAGCAGUCACAUCUUUUAUAGGCUAACAGACGUUAUUGCUACUGCACUAUGGGUUCGCAUGGCACAUUUCUAAUACUCUGGACUUGGUUCUAGAAGGAAGGAAGAAAGAAAAUAAAGCCUGGCUGAAAUUUUCACUUUCAUAAGUUUACAUCGAAACAUUUUACAUGAUUUGUCACAAAACUACCAGAGCUCGUGUGAAUCCCGGUGACUUCAUAGCAUCUGCUCCUGCCCCCAUGUGAAGAAAGACGUAUAAACUGCGCCUGUUGUGCCUCGUUCUGUGCCAGGCUGAAGUGUUUUGCUGUCCCUCACAUAUUGCUCCUGCUGCAUAUGUAGGUCACAGAGGCACAGAAAGUAGUGCAAUAUGUCUUUCACUGUCAAAGCUGGAAAAGCACAGGUGUUACUAAUAACAUUAACAUUGGCUCUGGUGUCCCAGUAAGCUGUGAUAGUGAACCAGCGUGAACAAUACCAGGACCCUGAAACUGAAGAAGCAAAAGGGAAUUCUGCCAUCAUUGAUUAUAUUAUUUACACCUGUGCUUUUCUGUCACUUGUCAACAUGUUCUUUGGGGGAAAAGGCAGAAUUUAAAAUGUUCUGCUCAGCACAUCACAUCAUGGUCACAACUAAUUGAAGGGGUCCUCAUCAAAAAUGUUUGUGUUUAAGUAAGAAAACAGAAGAUAUAUCUUCAAAUUAUUUUGUACACUAAUUUUAAAGAGCGAUAUCAGGCUCAAAAAUCCAUUGGGCAAAAUUUUUAAUGAGUAAUUGGCAUAGUAACCAUUGUAAUGUAUGUCAGGCUGAUAAGAAACACAGACCCUGUUUUCCUGUAUGAAUUGAAAAAAGCAUCAAAUCUGCAGGAGGCCUUCAAUGGCACAACAGCCAGUUAAGCACACUUGGAAAUGCACAAAGCAGAAUUACAGGCACCAUUGAUCAACUGAUGAUCAUCAGAUUUUAAUUUGAUAUUUCAAUCAAAAAUUUCUAAUAUUUGGGAGCCAUUACUCAAACAGCUGACCAAAAGCAGGGCAGCUCAUAUUAGGAGUUCUGUUGUCACACUGAGUGAUGAGUGGUUUUAAGCCGUUUAUGUGGAAGAUCGGAAAUGCAUUUGUUAAUAUGUAAUAAGUAGCAGCCAGUCUGGAAGAGCCAGAGCUUCAAGUAAAUGUGCGCACACCUUUUGAAAAUAAAGAUGCUCGUGUUAUC